AGCUGAGGGGCUUCGCUGGGGCUCUUCUCGCGGCGUUCGCGUGGCGCUUCCUCGCCCGGCCUUGCCCAGUUCAGUCCAGACGGUUCUCUAGAGAAAGUCUUACAAGCUCUAUCUGAAAAUCUGGAGACGUUCUGGUCGUAAUUCAACUAUGGCUGCCUUUGGGGGCACGCUAAAUGGGACUUCUAGCUCUAGUAGUGCAGAGGGAGACAUUCCAGACUUUUGCUUCUUGGGGCUGCAGCCAACUUCACUUGACAGAUCUGGCAGCGACAUUCUGCAAUUCCAGUGACGGUUCUUCCUUUCAGCCCAUCAGAACCCAGGUCACCAUUCCUACGGCUCAUGUCAUGCCUUCCAUGCUGGAGAGCCCUCCCUGCAAGCCCUGUGUGGUGGGUGAAUCAAGCACACCUAUGGCUGGCCUGACUUCCUUUUUGCCUGGCUCUUCAGGUGACGUGGCAGGACUGGUAGCAAGCUGUAAUGUUUCGAGACAUUCUCAAGCAUUGCCCAGGGGCCAUUUUCCUAUGUACCGGACUUCACUGGAAAAAGGGUUUGAUCGAUCCCUGUUCCCUUCAUCUGAUCAAGCAAGCACAGAAGAUGCUCAGAAACCUGGCAGGCUUGCUGCUGAACGCACCUUGAACCAUUCUGCUGUUCUGCAACGGCAGUCUGAUGGUCCUUGGACCCAGCUCCAAAUGUGCAAUUCAAGCCUCAGUGUUGCUGACCUCGAAAAGGAACCAGGUAGAGUGCAGCUUGGUUCUAAGCCACCAACCGAGGCCAGUGGAAUCUGUGAAAAACAGCUGUCCUUGGGACCUAAUCCACCUGUCAAAUACUCUAAUUCAACAACUGCUCAGCCUCAAGUGUGGACACAGCAAACUUGUACACUACAUUCACAUGAGAACUGUGCAUUCAGUGCCUGGAAACAGCAUUUGGACCGGGUUCGUCAGCAGCUAGAUCAGAUGCAGCUGCAGAACAAAGCUGCUUGCUACCCUCCCCUGGGGAACAGCUCUUCGUUGCACUCUCUUGAUCCAGCUCAGUGGGUUGGUAUUGUGAACGCAAAUGAGAAUCUGCUCAGGGAGAAAGAAAUGCUCAUUGACAGGCAGAGGCAGCACAUUUCCCAGCUGGAGCAGAAAGUGCGUGAAAGUGAGCUGCAGGUCCACAGCGCUUUCUUUGGCCCUCCUGCCCCUUACGGAGACAUCUACUUGCUCAGAAUUCAGGAGUUGCAACGGGAGAACGUAUUCUUGCGUGCUCAGUUUACUGAAAAAACAGAAUUGCUGGGUAAGGAAAAGAUUGAACUAGAGAGGAAGCUGGCUGCUUCAGAAGCAGGUGAAAGACAGAUCCAGCAGUCCCACAAGGAGACAGUACAGAAGUAUACAGCAGAGCUGAAGAAACAAGAGGAGAGGGUAAAGGCAAGAGACAAACAUAUUGAGCAUCUGAAAAAGAAAUGCCAAAAAGAAUCUGAGCAGAAUCGGGAGAAACAGCAGAGAAUCGAGACCUUGGAGCGCUACCUGGCUGACCUCCCCGUGUUAGAGGAUCACCAGAAACAAAGUCAGCAGUUAAAGGAAUCUCAGCAGACAGUUGCAGUCUUGCAGGAAACUGUGACAGCCCUUGAGAAGGAGCUUGUGGGUGUUCGUGCCAGUUGCAGAGAGAAGGAGGCACAAGUAGAAAUGCAGAAGCACAAAGAGAUGGAACUGCUUUCCACUAUGCACAGUUUGCAAGAUAAGACACAGUGUCUGAAGAGCUCGUCAACAGAAGGAUAUGCCCAGGAGAUGGAGAAAAGGAAACGAGAGAAGGAUUCUCUACAAAAGGAAUGUGAACUCCUCAGGAAGAUUGUGGACAAUCAAAAGAAGAAACUAGAUCAGUUUUCGUCACAAGUUAAGGACCUGGAGGAACGGAUUGCUCAAGAGGAGGGCACCGGCCAGGCUCUAAGAGUGGAAGCAACCAGGCAGGAGAGUGCGCUGCAGCAGCUACGCUUGGCUGUGAAAGAGUUGUCUGCACAGAACCAGGAACUAAUUGAGAAGAACCUCACUCUCCAAGAGCACCUCCGACAGCCUGAACCAGGCCAGCAGGUGCCUGGUGAAGUGGCCCAUCUUGCCGAAGAAAUGCACAAGGAGCUGGCCCGCUGCUUGCAGGAUUUGCAGUCUGUCUACAGUGUUGUGACUCAGAGGGCUCAAGGGAAGGACCCCAAUCUGUCUUUGCUGCUGGGCAUUCACUCUGUGCAGUGCUCAGUUACAGAAAAGGGAGACUUGUUGAAGCCAAACAUGCUUGCAAAGAAAUUGGAUGAUAUCAGACACCUGCACAAGGAGAUCGAGGAUUUGCGGACCGCUGUAUCUGACCGAUAUGCUCAGGACAUGGGAGAUAACUGCAUCACGCAGUGAAGAAAAAAAGAUAGGACUUGGGGACUAAGAAUGUUUAAAGCUGCUUGUGGGUGGGGGGGAUUCAGAAACUUCUUAAAUUAUUUGUUGGGGUGCCUGGUAAAGCACAUUUCCCACAACUGGAAAUCUGAGUAUUUCUCACGCAAUGAAUAUUCAUCUACCUUCUAACAAGGUCUCUUUAGCAGCCUUGAGAGAAAUCCUAAAGGCUUGUUUACUAGAUCUGAUUUGAUGCUGGUUGAGUUACUCAAUAGUCAGUUCUUCCUAAACUGACAGCAGUUCUAGGGCUGCUUUGCACUGGCAGGUUCUCCUCUGUGCUUGCUGCUAUGUGCCCUCCUCAGUCAUGGGUCUGUUGCCUCAUGGGGAAAUACUGGCGUGCAUGGCCAGAGGUCACUCCUGCAAUUGGGGCAGGACUUUUUCCCAACCAUAGUCCUGAGAAUUGUUGUGGCUGUAAUGUAUGGCCCAGUUUGCAGUAUGACCCAUGUAUCUAGGGGCGGGCCCAUGGUAGUUUUAUGUAGAAAACUAAAUUGUCUUGUCUGGCUAGCUGCCUUUGUGCAAAAGCGUUCCACAAAAAUUUUUCCAUGAGGAAAACAAAAAACAGGCAUCCCUCUGGCCACUAGAUAACUGGGAGAUUACAUAUAAAACAUUUCACUCAAUUCUGAAGUUCUCAGGUUUGAGAGGAACCAGCCAGAAGUCUUGAUGCUGUGCUGGAGUUGUGCAACUCUUUGCUGCUUUAAUGGAUUCAUAGCCAGAAUCCUUAUAACUGAAUCUGUGCCUUUACUUGCCUAACUGCACGGGAAAGGGAAGCUGGCUCAUGCUGUUGCACAAGUUCCCAGUCACGUUUUUAACAGAGACUGUACAGGUGCCCCUUUAUGCAAGUAUGAACUUGCCACUCGAGAGUGGAUUUUCACAAUGACGUGCCUUUUAAACAGAAAUGCAACUUUCACAAUGCAGCAACAAACCAAAGCAAAUUUGCCUAGACGGUGGCAUGUUCUAGAUACCUUUAUACUUAGCCACCACUUUCCCCCUCAAAGUACCUUCUGGCAUGCUUUCUAUCCAUCAUGUGAAUUUGCCUUCCAGACUGACAUUUGCAUUGAUUCCAGGCUAAUGGAAGUUUUCUGGUUAGUCACUGACUGAGUUGCUGUACAAAUCUAGGAAAUGAGGUGGCACAGAAUGUGGGUGGGAGGGAUGGAUGUAGCCGUACCUGAACAUUGCUAGCUAUACAACGGUUCGGUCAGCCUUUUGAAGAGAUACAUAUGCAAAUACUGUAAUGGGUAUCCUCUGCCUGUUGUGCAUGAAUUACAGGUGCAACUGCUAUUUUAAAGGGCCUUUUAGGGUAGAUGCUUGUGCUACCUCCUGCUGCUACUUUACUGUUCUCAGGCAUCAAAACUGCUUUGCAUAUUCAGUGCCUUAAUGUGCAGUCCUGUGACAUACCAGGAUCCACUCCUUGCUUGAAUACUUGUCUGAUCAAAAUGGUGGAUUAAACCUCCCUGAACUUCUUACGCUAGCAGUGUGCAAAACAAUGUUUUAAUUUAAUGUUGGGUUGUUUUAAAAGGUAUGAUUAUCAUUUUUCUGAAAUAGAAGGGCACUAUUGCUUUAGGAAAUAAUUUCAGGCACAGUUUUUCAUUUCUGCAGUCUUGGCCCCUGAAAAUCAUGCCUUUUUUAAAAAAGAGAGAAAUGAAAAUGUUAUUUUUAGUGCCUGUUCUGACUACCCUUGGCAGCGGGGAGGGAAAGAGGAAGCAUGCCCCAGCUGGCUCACAGUGCACUGGCCCUGUAAAGCUUAAAGGGCCACUCUGAAUGGGCAAUAGACUGGGACUCUGGGUGCCAAGUCUAUUGCCCAUGGCUCUUUAACCUUUAAAGGGUCAGUGCACUGUGGCCAGCUGGGGCAUGCUCCCUUCCCCAAACACUUCUGAAAUUCCAGAAGAGAAAUUAUUGUGCAUUCUGGAAUUUCAGGAGUGUUUGGGCCCAUUGUGGAUUUCCCCGAGCCCAAACUUAAAAUGGGGAUUCAGGGUUUAACUUUGACUUGGGAAUAUCUGAAUGUAUACCCUAAAUUUAAGCUUCAGAGACCAUCUAAAACAAACUUAUUGAUGAAAAUAGCAUGAGUUGAAAAGGGGGAACUACCAUGUAUACACUACCAUGUAUUUAAGUCUCCUGUCAAACUUCAGGGAACAAAGACAUGUGGAACACCUACUGAAUCUCCAAAAAAUGGGGCCACGCGAUCAUGCUUGAAGGUUAAAAUCCAUUUUGAUUUUCAGGACAGCCAUUAUAGAAAUGGGAUUUUCCCAGGCUCUGGUCAUUUACGAUGAAAGAGCCUUUCAGUGCUAGAGCAAGAAGAAAGGCAGCGGAUCCAAUCCAAAGACUUAAAAAAAAUUAUGGAUCACUUUAAGCUGCUUAAAAAUUAAUUUGCAGUAUAGCUUUAGCUUCAUUUUGGGGUCAAGUGGUGAAGUCUUUUUCUGUUCAGGGUGCCUGGAUAGCACCUCUAGUGCAUGAACUUGUAGAAGGCUGUUUUCCAGUACUGUUCUUGCCUAAGAGAAGUUCUUUUCAGCGUAAAAUAAAAUGCCAGGUUUCCAUUCA